CAAGGCUUGCUGUAUAAAAACAGCAUCUUGAGUUUUAUGCCAAGAUGAACUGCUGUUUCCAUCAAUUUAUAAACUAAUCCAAAAGUUCAUCAUUCACAUUGUGUUUGAAAAUGGCAAAGAAAGUGUUGAUUGUGUACGCCCAUCAGAGCUCUGGCUCAUUCAAUGCUGCAGCCAAAGAUGCUGCAGUAGAGGUUCUAACAGCUCAGGGGUGCACCGUGGUUGUAUCUGACCUGUAUGCAAUGAAGUUUAAAGCCACUGCUACUGCUGAAGACAUUGUUGGAGAGGUUCAGAAUGCAAAGCACUUCCGUUAUGCGGAGGAGACUAAAGUGGCAUGGGAGGAGGGGAAACUGUCUCCUGACAUCACUGAGGAACAACGUAAAGUCACUGAGGCAGACCUAAUCAUCUUUCAGUUCCCAAUGUACUGGUUCACCGUUCCUGCAAUCAUGAAGGGCUGGUUUGACCGAGUGCUCACACUGGGCUUUGCCUACUCUCAAGAGAAGCGAUACAGCCUUGGACUCUUCAAGGAGAAGAAAACCAUGCUGUCUUUCACCACUGGUUCUCAUGAGUCCAUGUUCAGUGCAAAUGGCAUCAAUGGAGACAUGAAUGUCACACUGUGGCCUCUGCAGAAUGGUAUUCUGCAUUACUGUGGCUUCCAGGUUCUGGCCCCUCAGAUCUUCUGGGCUCCAUCUUAUGUCCCUUCAGAGGCUUGCAGCACCAUGUUGGAGGCCUGGCGUAAACGACUGCAAGGACUCCUGGGAGAAGAGCCGCUUACCUUUACUCCCUUGGACUGCUUUGAUGGGGAGAAGGGUUUCCAGCUGAAGCCUGAGGUCCAAGAGAAGCAUGCAGCCAAGGAGUUUGGAUUGACAGUGGGGAUCCACCUGGGAAAACCACUGCCACCCAACAACCAGAUGAAAGCUGGUGUCUAAAAGACAGCAUGGCCUCAUUUGGUGUCAUACUUGUCUUCAAUUGUAUGAUGAAAAUAAAACCUCUGAAAUAUUCUAAG